ACCCACACCUACUCUUCUUUCUUCUCUUCUUCCUUUCAUCAGCCAAUUCCACAAAGUUGAAUUAAAGUGAAAGAAAAAGAAACCCCACUUACUUCCACUUGUUCUAUCUUUUGGCUCUAAAGACUAAUUUGCACUACUUGCACCAACCACUACAUUUCAUUCCACCUUUUUGCUAGCUGUGUUUCCAUUUCAUCAAUAACCAAUUGGAUAAAAUCUUCAAAUAUCAAGAAAUAUAUCUUUCUUAGGCCCUUCCCUCACCCCACGCAAUCCCCCACACCUAGCUACCCUUCAAAUUUUCUUUUCCAAGAUGGAAUUUAGAGAGUCACAUAACAAAAACCAAGAAGGUGGCACCGGCAGCAACAACGACGAUAACAACAACACCGACAAUAAUAACAACAACGCACUUUCUACCAAAGUUGUUAAGAAACCAUCUAAAGACCGUCACACGAAAGUGGACGGUCGUGGGCGGCGCAUACGCAUGCCAGCUUUAUGCGCCGCUCGAGUGUUCCAGCUCACAAAAGAGCUGGGACACAAAUCUGAUGGCGAAACCAUAGAGUGGCUUUUACAACAAGCUGAACCCUCAAUUAUAGCUGCCACAGGAACAGGCACGAUCCCAGCAAAUUUCUCAUCUCUUAACGUGUCUUUACGUAGCAGUGGUACCACAAUUUCAGCACCACCUUCAAAAUCCGCUCCUCUUUUCAUCCACGGUGGCGCCACCACUAUGCUAGGUUUCCACCACCACCACAACAACACUUUUGGGCAAGACCCAGAUGAGAAUUACAUGAAAAAAAGGUAUAGAGAAGAUAGUACAACUAGUGCAACUUCACCUAAACCGGAAAGAACCGGUCAUGAACCGGAUCAAGAAUCAACAAAACCCGGUUCAUCAAGUACUUCUAGUUACAUACCGGCUCCAGCUAUGUGGGCGGUUGGACCGGCUGGUGGUAACGUGGGAAACACGUUUUGGAUGUUACCAGGCACGUCAUCAACCAGAAUUGGCGGUUUUGAGUUACCGGGUGGUGGACGGUUCAGUCCGGUUCAACUAGGAUCUAUGUUUUUGCAACAACCACAACCGGUUCAGCAGCUUGGGUUAGGUGUUACAGAGACUAAUAUGGGAAUGUUGGCAUCUAUGAAUGCUUAUAAUAAUAGUAGGGGUAGUACUGGGAUUGAUUUGGGUAUGAAUUUGGAGCAACAUCAUCAUCAAAAUAAUCAGCCUCAAGGUAGUGAUAGUGGUGAUGAAAAUCACAAAGAUUCACAAUCAUAAUUAACUCCAAGGUUGAUGUCAUUUGGAUUAAUUCUUGAUGUUUUUUUUUUUUUUUUUUUUUUUUUUUUAGGAGAGAAUUGCUUGUGGUCA